ACAAACAGGUACCUACCUAACCUAAGCCAACAAUCGCUAUUGAUUAUUGUUUUCUGAUUCAAGAGUCAGAAUUUAAACUCAACUAUGUACCUUAGUAGGUAUCUUAGUUAUAUACGCUAACUCAAUAUAAGUCUAUUCUUCCCAUCACAUCGGAAAAUAUGUCAAGAGCUUGGCAAAAUUGCAUUCACGAAGCUUUGCAGCUAGAACCUUCGGCAUACGCCAAAGAAGUUGGGUACAACUGGCCUACUCCUGAUCGAAGGUUGGCUGCGACAACGAAGUCAGGUCGAAAUCCGCUGGCUGUAAAAGGUCAGGAAGCUAGAGCAUUGGAGAAACUGACAGAGGAAUUUGCGAGCAAGCUGUCCGAUGUAUUCCCAGGCCCGUUGGUUCUACCCGACGAUGAGUUGGCGAACAAUCCUAAAUAUCCACCUCAGUCCUUCCGAUCGUGGCUUAACGAACCGCUACGCAAGAACCGCAAACUUAACAAAAAGCGCAAGACGUUGUAUAUUGCAAACGCGCCUGAAAUCACGCUAAGCGUGAAUUAUAUGAAGAAAUGGCUGGAACCAAAGGUUGAAAAGAGUCCAAGAUCGGCUAGUGGAAAGUUAGAGCUGCCGUUAGAUGAUAUCGUAGAGUAUACGAGAGAAUUUUACCAUGGCUUGUCUGUUGAAGCAUUUCCCAUACAGUUGCAGUUCGUUCCGUGGACAGAGCCAAAGAAGUCGGCAGAACCAAGCAACGGGACUCGGUACGUUGGCCUUAUCGCAGGUAAUAACUGCACUCGCGUUCGCGCGAGGUCAUCUCCAGAUGGAAUUUUUGGAGGACAGUUAAAUCUUGAGGAUCUUCUUGACGCCGCUAUCGAGAUGGUGCCUAAAGAAGCGUAUUCUAUCAUUAUACUCGUCAAUCACGACAUGUACGAGGACGAGGACGACGACUUCUGCUGCGGUAGGGCAUAUGGAAGCAACCGCGUGUCGGUAGUUUCUACUGCUCGAUAUCAUCCCGCUCUAGAUGGCCAUGCCGGAAUCGAUUUCGCGCACAUGUGGCCUGCCUCUCAUUGCAAGUCCUAUGUUGACGAUAUAAAUACGGCAAAGGGUCUCCGACUACAUCCUAGGAUGAAUAGUGAAGGGGAAACUAUGCCUGGACCGUUAUGGGUGGCCAUGGAGACAGCAAGAAAUCUUAGAGAACCCUUAACUCUGGAGGACCGAAAGGGUCUGUGGUUCUCCAGAAUCGCAAGGACGGUAGUGCAUGAGCUCGGUCACUGCCUUGGUUUGGACCAUUGCGUUUAUUAUGCCUGUGUUAUGCAGGGCUCUGCGCGGAUAGCGGAAGAUGUCCGACAACCCCCCUAUCUAUGCCCCGUAUGCCUAAGCAAAAUUUCCUACGCAGUUGCUUGUGAACUAGAAGGACGGGAUGAUGAAGGUAAGGGAGAAUAUAUUAAGGAGAGAUAUAAGUUACUGGCGAGCUUCUGCGACUCGUGGAAACAUGUUGGUAUGUUUGCUGGAUACGGAGCCUGGUUGCGUGCAAGGCUUGAAGACCUUGAACAACAAAGAUAGUGAGGGUGGCCGAUAUUAGAAAGAUGGGAAACACCCUGGAGAUCAUUAAUAUAGGUAGGUAGGUACCCACCUAGAUAUCUAGGACUAAGUAUAUUUCUUCACUAGAGUAAGUAGGUUUCUAAGGCAAUUGUAGUACCUACAGCGAAUUAUGAAUCAUUUCUUGAUGUAAGUUAUAAAAGUAAAUGCCUAUACUCCUAACUAAGUACCUAUAAGUUUGAUAAAUAUAUGAAUCCAUCCAUUGUAAAGGACAAUGACCCUGGGCGAAGAGUGACUUGCAUGUCGUUUGAUGAAAGAGAAUGUUUUAGAACAUAUAAUGUUAGUGUUGACCACCUAAAUUGCUAUAUGGAAGUGCUUAGGAAGGCUUUAACUUGUAAUGAGUAUCUAGUACCUCGAAGCAUGCCGCCGCAUCAAAUUGCUAUUGGAUCUAUAAUACAUAGGCGGUCACAUUGC